GGUCGUAUAUAAGACGACCCUUCGCUCUUCCCGGAGACAAACCUAGAGAACAUCAAUACUUUAGCUUCACUUCUGGCGUCAAUACCAAAGCACAAUUCGACAGUCCCACCGACAAUCUACACCCUUCCAACCAUGGCUCAGACCUCCAACCACGAAAAUGACAAAGUCAUUAUCAACACCGCCGCCAAAGAUGUUCCCUUCUACACGCCCGUCCAAGAUCCCCCCGCCGGGACGCCGUGGGAUGUCCAGCCGGAGGGCACCAUCUUCUCUCCUCUGAAACUCAGGGGCUUGACCCUGCGCAACCGAAUCAUCGUCUCUCCCAUGUGCCAGUACUCGGCCAAGAACGGCUACGUAACCCCGUGGCACAGACAGCAUCUCGGCAGCUUUACGGCGCGCGGCCCCGCCCUGGUUAUCACCGAGGUCCACGCCGUGUCGCCCGAGGGCCGCAUCAGUCCGCAGGACGCCGGCAUCUGGGAGGACGGCCAGAUGGCCCCGCUCAAGGAGAUUGUCGACUUUGCCCACAGCCAGAACAGCCGCAUGGCGAUCCAGAUGGGCCACGCCGGACGCAAGGCGAGCACUGUUGCGCCCUGGCUGGACCGCAAGGCCGUUGCCGUCAAGGAGGCCGAUGGUUGGCCUGAUAAAGUGGUUGCACCGAGCGCCAUCCCCUUCGGUCCCGAAACUCUCGUCCCUAGGGAGAUGACCAAGGAUGACAUCAACAAGUUUAAGCAGGAUUGGGUUGCGGCCGUGAAGAGGGCCCUUCAAGUCGGAUUCGAUGCCAUCGAAGUCCAUGCCGCCCACGGCUACCUCCUGAACUCGUUCCUCUCUCCGGCAUCCAACCAGCGCACUGACGAGUACGGCGGCUCGUUUGAGAACCGCACCCGGCUCCUAGUUGAAGUCGUCGAGCUCACUCGCCAGAUCGUCCCGGCCGACUUCCCCCUCUUGGUCCGCAUGCCCGGCACCGACUAUCUCGACUUCGACCCCUCGCUGCCUCAGUGGCACAUUGAAGAGGCCGGAAAGCUAGCCAAGAUCCUCUCUGAUAAGGGAGUCGACUUUCUGGACAUCUCUGGCGGUGGCCUCGACCACAGACAGCAGAUUGCCCCUGGUCCCGGAUACCAAGUCCCCUAUGCCGCUGCCGUUAAGAAAGCCGUCGCAGGAACACCCACCUUUGUCAGCGCUGUUGGCAACAUUACAUCAGGGAAGCAAGCGUCAGGGUAUCUAGACGACGGCUCCGUUGAUGCCGUCUUGGUCGGCCGAGAGUUCCUCAGGGACCCGAACUUGGUUUGGCACUGGGCCGACGAGCUUGAGAUCGACAUCCACGUUCCGGCACAAUAUGGUUGGGGCUUCGGCAUGACCCGCACGCACCGACACAGGAAGCAUUAAGCAUCUUCACAUAAAACAAUUUUGGUUUUUUCUAGCCUAACUUAAUGUCAUCAAAUACACCAAAGGAACAUAAUAGUAGUAAACAAUGAGCGCACGAAUUUAGUACCACACAGUGCCAGCAGAUACCUCUG